UCGGAGGCCUUUCUGCAAGUCCAUGCACGAAACUUGGGUAAGUUUUUGCUCUAGGAAACUUUCGCUAUUUUGAGGCCCACUGGAUUUGGAAACCUCGUUGUGAACAAAAUGCACUCUCAACGACGAUACAUAUUUCCAGAAUUUCUGUGUCAAAAUCACUCUUUGCAAAGCCAAAUAAAUGUACGAAGGGUUGUGUAGUGGACAGAGCAUGAAAAUAAAAUAAGGGCCAUUUUAAGGGUACACAAAUUUAAAUCGGAGGCCUUUCUGCGAGUACUUACAGGCACGAGACUUACGUAAGUUUUCUGGUCUAGGAAACUUUCGCUAUUUUGAGGCCCACGGACUUAGUGAGCUGGAUCGUUUUGGCUGUCUCCACCUCCGAAGUGGGCAGAGCUGGGUGGCCUGGACGCCAAUCACGGCUCGACCCCACACUCCGCAACUCUCGUCUCGUCGGGUGCCUAGAUGUGGCGAGGAGGCUAAGGGUGCUACCCUCCCCAACAGUCACUUAGUCCUUCCCAAGCAAGGGACACUUCAACACGUUCGAAGCAAAUUGCACAACAAAAAACCUAACCACAUCAAAGAAAAACCCUCCUUAAGACAGGAAAAACCUCUUCAAAAAGUCGCAUUUUGAGGAAAAGAUUUCAAAUUUCAUAACCAGCAGAAAACUAACCAAUUAAACAAAAUACUCCUCAAAAAAGCAAGUAGAAACCUAAAGAAAAGUCAUUUUGAGGACAAGAUUUCAAAUCUCAUACCAAAAAAACCCACAACAUUAAAGAAAAACCCCUCUUUAAGAAAACCCUCCUCAAAAAAGAGUCUCAUUUUCAAAUUUCAUAACCAAAAAACCAAACACAUCAAAGAAAAAAAAACUCCUCAAAAAGCCAAAGAAAAAUUUCCUCAAAAGAAAAACAGUCUCAUUUUGAGGACAAAAUUUCAGAUUUUGUAACAAAAAAACAACCACAUUAAAGAAAAACCUCUUUAAGGAAAAACCUCAAAUAAAGAAAAAGUCUCAUUUUCAGGAUCUAAGAUUUCCUAAAAGGAGUGAAAGUGAGACGAAUUUUAAAAAAUUGUGACGCAACAAUUUACGAAUUUUUGUGUAAAAAAACAAUAACCAAUUAUUAUUUAAUUUUAAAAAAACUCCUCAAAAACGUAAAGAAAAACCUCCUCAAAAUCUUCAGAAAAAAACCCCUCAACUAAAAAAGUCUCAUUUUCAGGAUUCCAUAUUUCCCAAAAAGAGUGAAAGUGAGACAAAUUUUAUUUAUCCUGGUGACGCCACCACUUCGCAAUUUGUGUAUGCAAGAAAAAACAAUAGCUAAUUAUUAACUUCGAUUUAAUAGCGACCCGAAAAAAAAAUUUGGAAUAAUAAAUAAUUGCAAAUUUUUAUAGCGGGGAUUAGUCAUGACGGGACGAUUUUUUACGCAAGUGGUGGUGGUGACAAAGGCUGUGCAAUAAAUCGUGACGUGAAUGACAUUAAAAUUCGCAUACUAAAAAAACUUGUAUAAAGAAAGAAGUCAAUAAUAAAUACGACAGAUUUCGGUAUGUUGUUCUCGUCUUAAAGAAAUUUUGACAGAAAAAUUUGACUAAAAAUCGUGCAAGAUUUUAGAAAAGGAAAAAGUGUUUUUUUAGAGAGAGAAAGUCAGUUAUAUAAAAAUCAGGCAAAACUUAAACCCAGAAAUAAAAAUUGAAAUUGUGGUUUGAUAAAAUUUUGAAAAAAAUUUGAACCAUAUUUUAUUUAAGUACGAACACGAACAGAAAACACGGGUUUUUAGUGAGUGAAUGAGACAAAGGAAUUUUUGAGACGGACGGAAAGCAACAAAUUUUAGGAAACUUACGUGUAAAGUUUCUUUAAAUAUAAUUUCGAAAAAAAUGUAUACAAUUGUGGACACUUUUUUGAAACAAAAUCCUCGUUCAAAAUAAUUUCUGCUAAUCGAUUAACUUUUUUGUACGUAAUUUGUACACAAAAUUAAGACCCCAAGUUUUUGAGACGGACGGAAAGCAACAGAUUUCGUUAAAAAACUUGGUAAAGUUUCUUAAAAAAAAUUAUUUCUUAAAAAAUAUAAAAUUCUGGACAGUUUUUCGAAAUAAAAACCUCAUUAAAAAUACUUUUUACGAAUCUCUCCCCAUGGAUUAACAAAUUUGUCUACACUUCCGGGGCAGUGUGAUCCACCCUUUGAAAAAAUGUCCUCUUCCAAGAAAUCGUUCCGAAUUGAUGUCCUUUUAGCGCCGGCACGUCGCGAGGUGGUCGCGUCGCCACCCGUGUCGCCGUCCUCCUCGACCCCGUCGCGCUCCUCGCUGUCGCCCCCAAUCUCCCCGGGCUCCGAGGCGGCUGAGACGAACUCCAAGUCCAACUCGCCCGUGGUCUCGAUCCGCGGCCUGCUCCCGUUCCACGCCCACCACAACAGCCACACCCUCGACGACUACCAUCACGCCCACCACCACCACCAUGCACACCAUUUGGCAAGUGGGGGUGGGGGACAGCAGCAGCAUCACCAGAUUAAUCCGGCCGUCGUCUCGGCGGCAGCGGCGGCGAGAGGAUUGUUCCCGUAUUCGAGUGGGGGAGCCUCUGGUCUGAACCACUUUCCGACCUCGUCCGCGUUCCACCUCCCCGCACACCUGCACCCCCAACAGCAGCAGCAGUCACACCCACACCACCAGCAGCAGCAAUCCUCCUCCUCGGGUGAGAACGGGGGUGGUGGUGGUGGUGGGGACAUGAAGCGGUCGUCGUCGUCGUCGCCCUCGUCACAGCAGCAGCACUCCCACUUCGUCGGCCUCAGCGUGGCCAACGCCCACCACCUCCAGCUCGAGUGGCUCGCCAGGAAUGGCAUGCUCUACCCAAGACUCCCCGACCUCACGGGAGGUCCCUCCGCAGCCCUUUUGGGGAAGACACGCCGCCCUCGGACCGCCUUCACCUCACAACAACUCCUCGAACUCGAGAGACAAUUCCGACAAAAUAAGUACUUAUCGAGACCAAAGAGGUUCGAGGUCGCGACGUCACUCAUGCUCACCGAGACCCAGGUCAAAAUUUGGUUUCAAAAUCGUCGCAUGAAGUGGAAACGGUCGAAAAAGGCGCAGCAAGAGGCGCGCUCGUCGUCAUCGUCGUCCUCCGCGAAACAGCAGCAGCAGCAGCAACACUCCUCCUCCGAUAACCACCACCACAUGUCCUCCUCCGAAGAUGGUGGUGGGGGUGGGGGCGGUGGGGGUCGUGGGGGGAAACGGGGAAGCGACAACAAUAACCACCACCACUCCCACGCCCAUAACCAUCAUCACAGCGGGGAUGACCACUCCCCAAAGUCGUCGUCGUCAUCGGUCACCGCUGGGGGGGCAGGAUAA